UCGACAGACAGACGGCUCCAAGAAUUUAAAAUCGGGGAAAGUUUAAAGGAACCCAGAGGAAAAUUGGCAACACGUGUUUACAUUUUAAUUUCCUUACGGGCUGAAACCAAACAAAAUAUGUAAAAGUCAUUUAUAGAAAAUGAAAAUAUACAUUUCUUUAUAUUGAAUGCAUAUAUUAUAGACAACGGAUAUACGGUUUAUAUUUAAAAGACGUGCGGAUCGUUUCAAUUGCGUUGAGCAAAGUUAUAAAUAAUCCUGCCACUUGAAUUAUUUUCCAUAAAACACUCAAAUAAAACAAAUCACAAACGCAAACGGAAAAAGGUGGCAAAACGAUUUUCUUCUCAUCAACAAUGCGGCAUUAUUUACUUUUGUUUGGCGCGUUCAUCUCGCUGCUGGCCUCAGCUCACGCCAUCAAGUGUUACGCCUGCGAAUCCGUCUACGAGGCAAGUUGUGGCGAGGAUUUCGAAGUCGAGAACCAUUUCAAGCGCGACUGCGCUUUUAUUGCCCCGCCGAGAUUUUUGGAGAAUGAUCUGCUCAGUGUCAACGCAACGGCCUGUUUGAAGCGUGUUUUCAGGGAAAAUGGCGAACGUAAGAUCGUUAGAGGCUGCUACUUUGGCGAUGUAAAUGCCACCGAUGUCUGGUGCAAAAUGGAUCCCACAUUGACGGCGGUGCAGAAUUCCAGUUGUCAUGUGUGCGACAACGAGAGCUACUGCAAUGGUGCGGAAAGUCCAGCGGAUAAAUGGAAAAUCUUCGCCAGUCUGGUCUUGUUUCUCUUGGCACCUCAUCUACUCUGAAAUGACAGAAAGAAGCAGUGGAAAUGUGGGGCAAAAAACGCACAAUAAAAGGCACAAUAACUUAAGUAAACCUAGUUCAAUUUAGAUUUAUUCCCAAUGCCCAGAUCCAUCAUUUACCAAUGCCCACUUAUCACCCACUAUUUAGUCUUAAUCUGUCCUAUUGUAUUAAUGGCCUAUAAACGGCAAACAGGGCGUAUGAGCAACAUUAGUAGACAUGAGCCGAAAAGAAGGCAAACAAAUUUUGAACGAUCCAAAUACAAACUAAUAAAAACUAA